AUGAGGACAGAAGAUGAUGUGAUUGCAGAAAAUAAUGGGAACAUGGCAACCUUGAGUGAAAAUAGAAAUGCCGUGGAAUUAGUAGUGUCCUCAAUUCGAGGAAGGAUUCAGCAGCAGCCUCCACUUCCUGCUUGUAGUUGCAUAUUUAGAAUCCCUAAUAUACUACGCAGGCAUAAUGAAAAAGCCUUUGUUCCAGAUUUAAUUUCAAUAGGGCCAUUUCACCACGGAGAAAAGGACCUGCAAGUCAUGGAAGAGAUUAAGCUAUGGUAUUUGCAUUGCCUCCUUGGUCGAAAUCCAACUUCAGAGACCAGUUUGGAAUACUUGGUCGAUGCCAUGAGAAGUAUGGAGCAACACUGUCGAGAUUGUUAUGAAGAAAGAAUUGAUAUGAGUAGUGAAAAAUUUGUGGAAAUGAUGGUGGUUGACGGUUGCUUUAUCAUUGAAGUCUUCCGCAAGUAUGCAAAAGAGGUGCCCAGAAACAAGGAUGAUCCUCUGUUCUAUACGGCAUGGAUGAUGUUGGCACUUAGAAAAGACUUGUUUUUCUACUUGAAAACCAGCUUCCUUGGAAAGUCGUUGACUGUUUAUUCCACCACACAAAGGAAAAAGAUAAACCAGAAUCCAAAGCUCUACUCCUGCUUGCUGUGGAAUUCUUUGAGGGGCCUGAAUUCGACCAGGAUCCACACGCCGACAGACCAUUGGAAACUAAGCAUUUACCUGAUGUCAUAA